UUCGCAUCGAUCGCGUGCGCCUAGCGAUUGCUUCUGUCUGUAGUGUAGGUAUGGCGCCCGCGAGGAAGAGGAGAGGCGGCGGGAACCCGGGUGGGGGUCUCGCUCUGUGCUGACCGCGCGCGACCCAGGGCGGAGUAGGCUAUGGGGGAUCCCGGCUCCCUGGUCACGGAAAGCCGCGCCGGUGACCGGAGCUGGUGCUUGCGGCGGGUCGGGAUGAACGCCGAGUGGCUGCUGUUGGAGGAUGGAAACGAGGUGACUGUAGGACGAGGAUUUGGUGUCACAUACCAGUUGGUAUCAAAAAUCUGCCCUUUGAUGAUUUCCCGAAACCACUGUAUUUUGAAGCAGAGCGCGGAGGGCCAAUGGACAAUUAUGGACAACAAGAGUCUGAAUGGUGUUUGGCUGAACAGAGAACGUCUAGAACCUUUAAAGGUCUAUUCUAUCCAUAAGGGAGAUCGCAUCCAGCUGGGGGUGCCUCUGGAAAAUAAAGAGAAUGCAGAGUAUGAAUAUGAAGUUACUGAAGAAGACUGGGAGAGGAUUUAUCCUUGUCUUUCCCCAAAAAGUGACCAAAUGAUGGAAAAAAAUAAGGGCUUGAGAACUAAAAGGAAAUUUAGUUUGGAUGAAUUAGAAGGUUCUGGAGCUGAAGGCCCCUCAAAUUUGAAAUCCAAAAUAAGUAAAGUGUCUUGUGAACCUGGUCAGCCAGUGAAGUCACAUGGGAAGGGUGAAGUGGCCAGUCAACCCUCUGAAUAUUUGGAUCCUAAGUUGACUUCUCUUGAGCCAAGUGGGAAGACCACAGGAGCUCAUGUUUACCCAGGCCCCACAAAAGUUGUAGAGCUUCAUCAUAAGAAGCAGAAAGCCUCAAAUCCUUCAGCAUCUCAGAGCAGCUUAGAGCUGUUUAAGGUAACCAUGUCCAGGAUUCUAAAGUUGAAAACACAGAUGCAGGAAAAACAGGUAGCUGUUCUGAACGUGAAAAAGCAGACCCAGAAAGGGAACUCAAAGAAAAUUGUAAAAAUGGAGCAGGAACUGCAGGAUUUACAGUCCCAGCUGUGUGCAGAACAGGCCCAACAGCAGGCCAGAGUGGAGCAGCUGGAGAAGACUUUCCAGGAAGAGCAGCAGCAUCUCCAGGGUUUGGAGAAAGAGCAAGGAGAAGAGGACCUGAAGCAACAGCUGGCCCAGGCUCUGCAGGAGCAUCGGGCUUUGAUGGAAGAGCUAAAUCGCAGCAAGAAGGACUUUGAAGCAAUCAUUCAAGCCAAGAACAAAGAAUUGGAGCAGACCAAGGAAGAGAAGGAGAAGGUGCAAGCACAGAAGGAGGAAGUUCUUAGCCACAUGAAUGACGUGCUAGAGAAUGAGCUCCAGUGUAUUAUUUGCUCAGAAUACUUCAUUGAGGCUGUCACCUUGAACUGUGCCCAUAGUUUCUGCUCCUACUGUAUCAAUGAGUGGAUGAAGCGGAAGAUAGAAUGCCCCAUUUGUCGGAAGGACAUCAAGUCGAAAACGCACUCCCUGGUUCUAGACAAUUGCAUUAAUAAGAUGGUAGAUAACCUGAGCUCGGAAGUGAAAGAACGACGAGUUGUCCUCAUCAGGGAACGAAAAGACAAUGCUGCAGUGAACCCCCUUGUACAUCAUUAGAGGAAAGUUCUGCAAAGGAGACACAUCUCAACUCAAAGAGCCUGAAGGCCAUCUACAGAGACUGAUCUCACAGAAGGAUCCUUCUCUUCCUUGGCUGCUGGACACAGAGUGACUUUUGCAACCUCUCCUUCCAAAACACCACAUUCUUCUCAAGUGUGCCACAGGUUAAGAAAGUGAGCUCUUAAAUACAGACUUUAGGGGACUUCACUUGUGGCGCAGUGGAUAAAGCUUUGUGCCCCAAUGCAGGGGUCCUGGUUUCCAUCCCUGGUCGGGGUACUAGAUCCCAUAUGCAUGCCGCAACUAAGAGUUCUCAUGCCUCAACUAAUGAGCCUGCCUGCUGCAACUAAGACCCGGUGCAGGCAAAUAAAUAAAUAAAAUUUUAAAUACAGACUUAAAAAAGAAAAAAGAAAGUGUAACAUUUGCGAGUCAGACUAGUUGGGUUUGAAUCCCAGCCCUGCCAUUUGUAACUGUGUGACCUUGGGCAAGUUACUCAACCUCUCUGAGCCUCUGUUUCUUCAUCUCUAAAAUACCCUGAUGUGUUAUUGUGAGGCCUAAAUAAUUAGUCCAGUUAUUGCACUGCUCACAAACAUAAACUUGAAUGUUCUAUUGUUAAAGGACACAAAGCCAAAAAUUAACCCAAACUUUCACAUCAUUUCUCUGAGCUACAGUAUGUUCUUCUCCUGGAGUGAUAUCUGAUAUUAAACACUAUGUACAUUUUGCUUGCCUAGAAAGAUACACAGUAACUUUUCUGCCCUGCAGCACCAAACCACAGUAUAGCCGAGCCCCACCACUGUUCAGUCUGGCUCUAAUUAAAGGCAUGUUCUCCACAACAGGGCUCUGAGAAACUGGGUAAAGAGGGUUUGUUUCAGAUUCUGGCUUUAUGAAGCAGAUGAAUGCAGCCAGCUAGCUCUGUGAAGCACUUUGCAGUGAGUGGCAGGUGUCCCAUAUCCAUCUGAUUACCUUAACCUAGAAAGGCCUCAUUCUACCUCUAGGCAGGCUUCAUCCCAGCAAUCAGACUGUGCCAGGGCGGGGGACUUUGCCCUUUGUGGGUUGGAUAGCUGGAUACCUGUCAUCUGUUUUUCUGAUUGGAAACUGCUGUUUUUAUAGAAAGACCUAAAUCCCCUCGUUAUCUCCAGCCCUUCUCUCUCACUACUUUUUGCUCUGUGAACAACCAUCCAGGCAUUCACUACAGCUGCAAGAGUGCCUGGGAUGGGCAGCUCUCUCCAGCUGCCUGUUUGCUCUUUAUAGCCUGACUCUGUAUAGAAUCUCCGCACUUCAUAUCUAAGGAUAACUCAGGGGUGCCCAAGGUUUGUUUGUCUCAACAGCUCGUUCCCCUAGACCUCUAAAAAUUUCUACAAUUAACUCUACUUGACAUAGAAACUCAGAGAAAUACAUCUAACUUGCAUUGUGGUCCUAACCUAAGAAGAAUCUAAGAAGGUUAGAAUCCUGGAAUCACUGUCUCUUACCGAGAAGCAGUCUUGUUAACAGAUGCAGGGCCUGAUUUGAGCAGAAUGCUGGCAUCUGUAACCAUAGGCCAAGGGCUUGUUCUUCUGAACACCAGUAAAACUUUCCAGAUGGUCAACUCUUUUAGCUUUUUCUGUAAAUGGGGGUUGAGACAGUAGGAAUAGGAGCUCCUGAGGAGAAGAUGGGGCCUUGUGUUGAUGAAAAGUAAUGCCCUGUCUUGUUUAGCUGAUUUCUUCAUUUUAGAAGAGCCCAUGAAUGCUGCACAAUAAAUGCUCAGAUGCUGGACUUUCUUCGUCUGUAGCAUCCCCAAACAGUGUGCCCACCAGGGGUUACCUGAACUCAUUAAUUUAGUCUCCAAGUAGCAUUUUCAGCUUGUUGCUUUACCAGAGUCUAACCCAGAUCCCCACAUCAAAUCCAAUUUCCAGAUCCACCAUCCUUGCUGUCCGCCUCCUUUGCGCUCUGUGAAUACUUGAAUCUGGUGUGACUUUUUUGUCGUCUAGUGAUUAUUUGAAUUCUGGAUAUUUCCAAUAAAUUCAAUUCAGCAAUAGUUAUUGGAUGCCGACUUUUUACCAAGCACUGCUCUAAGUGUUUAUUCCCUAAAGGAAAGAAAAAAGCCAUUGUGAGCUACAUCCUAGUAAAGGGUUGAAAGGUCAAAAGCUUGCCACAAAGGUUUUAUCAGAUUCUGUGGAAGUGGUUUAGCAGUGCUGCUACCUAAGAGCUAGCAUAGUGGAUGUGUCUUCACCUACACCCACACAUUCCAGAGUUAGAAUUUUGGUUAAGGGGGUGCCAUAGGGUUGAAGUGAUGGAGCUUGGUUUCAAGGCUGGUUAGGGUGGAAAAUGAAGAGAGGAGGGAGGUGAUAAUUAGACGGUAGGUGAGUCCAGGGCCUGCAGGAGGUAUCUACAGGGUCAAAGAACGGCAUCUGAAGGAGAGAGCUGGAAGUCAGAGAACUGAUGUGUG